UGGAACUGUGUGGACACAAAAACACAUCAGACUUCCUCAGCUAUUAACAGUCUUCUGAAGAAAGCUGCGAUGCUGUUUUCACACAGUUAAUGUUGUGUGUUUGGGAUAUUCAGCCAUGCUACAGCAGUCAGAGCUCAUCUUUGACUAUGCCAGUGACCAUGUUAAUAUGUCACAGUUGAUGGCUCACUCUGAUUACCCUGCGGUAAUUGUGGAGCAGGUUCCCCAUCCACACCUGCUUUCAUAUACGGGUCUAGCGUGUGAAGAGUUACAGACAGAGGAGGACCAGCAGCAGCUGUUCAAAGUGGAGCCAUGUGAAAGUGGAGAGGAAGAGACCAUGGAGACACUUGUUGCUGCUGACUCACUUCUCAACAUGGACUGCCCUGAAACCCUCUCCCUGGAACAACACUAUUCCCAGACCUUCUUACCAUCACUGGGUGAUGUUAUCACUACUCCUGUUACCCAGGUGACUGUGUCAGCAGAGGGGAUUGUGGGAGCUGCUGACCAGUCACAAUGGCAUUCCUUGCACACGAAGAAGCCUGUGGCACAGCUGCAGUCCAGAAAGAGAGGUAGAAAAGCUCGAUAUCAGAGGGCAGAGUCUCCCACACCAGACAUUACAGUGAAAAAGGACAAAUACAACAAAGGAGGAAACACACUGUACCUGUGGCAGUUCCUGAUGGAGUUGCUGCAGGAUCGACAGGUCUGCCCCCGCUACAUCAAAUGGACUAAUCCUCACGCAGGGAUCUUCAAGUUGGUCAACUCAAAAGCAGUGGCCAGACUCUGGGGCAAACACAAGAACAAGCCAGAUAUGAAUUAUGAGACAAUGGGCAGAGCACUCAGGUACUACUACCAGAGAGGCAUACUGAACAAGGUUGAAGGCCAGCGGCUAGUCUACCAGUUCACCUCUCUGCCCAAAGACAUGAUUUAUAUCACAGAAGGAGAUGGAACCAAAGAGGAAGAAGAAGAUGAUGAUGAUCACAACGACCAUAGCGACAAUGAUGAAGGUAUGAGUGAUGACUCCGACGACAGCUCAGUAGCUUCUAGUGACCGGUCGGUUGAGGAAGAAGAUUUACACCCACCACUGAAGAAAUCAUCCAGCUCUGUCCACGCCCCGGUUACCCAGCGAAGCAGGCCAAGGCCUUCAGGCCAGCGUGAAACCGUCUUGCGGCCCUCCAGCUCCAGCCUGAUCCAGGAGCAGCAUUUGCCCAUUGUGUCCGCUGAGAUGCUGCGGACCCUCCAGAACCUGCAGAAGGUCCAGUCCCUGCAGCCCAGCGGUCACGCCUCGGUCUUUAAAACAGCUCAGCUGCUGGGCAGCCUGUGUGAGCGACAGGCUGCUGCUGAGGUGGCUGUAGACAGUAAGGGUGCACCAGAGACCCCUGACAAACAAACACACAGAGGGAAGAAAACCUUACAAGUGGAGACGCCACAGCUGGUGCCUCUGAUUACUUCUGACCAGUAGAACAGACCAGUCCAGACAUGCACAUACAGUACACUCCUCUGACUCAGGACCAGUUACAGAGCUGCAAUUUGCUGUGGCAGUGUCUGCACACCAGGGCAUAUAUUAAGUGUCCAUGACUGGGAGGACUGAUCUAGGAUUAUUUUUGUAUUUUAGAUAAUGGUGACAGAAGUAAAUCUAGAUCAGUGCUUCCUCUCUGACAUCUGAGUUGGCUGGAAAUUGGCAGGACCCCAAAUCUCACAGCAGUUUACCUUCUUAGCCUUUAGUCACUCUCUGUUUCUAUGAAUUAUACAAAACACCAAAGAGACACAUGCACUGGAACCUACAGCCUCUCUGCACUUCCUGCACACACACACACACCCUCUGCUUGCACUUCAGCUCCACUAUCAUGGAGCUCCUUAUCUGAUUAGCACACUGUGCCCCCUUUCUCUGCCUUUACUCUUGCACGCUAUUUCUCUAUUAUUAUUAUUAUUAUUUUAUUUUAUUAUUUGUUUUACUAUCACAUGCUGAAACAUUCCUGAAAAUGGCUUUGCACUAAUGUUUACCCCUGCUGUUUAAGUGCCUGAAGAUCUCAGACCACCCUGUCCCUAUUUCCUCUGUUUCUGGUAAUCAUGAGGUUAUUGAGGGAAAACAUUCCAGAUUGUAACUUUUUUUUAGAUUGCUGCAUUAUGUUUGUAUUGUGAAAUUUUGAAAACAAGGGAUUGCUGUUAUUCCUAGAAUAGGAAUUUAGCACUGCAGCUGUUUUAUAUUCUCUGUACCUACACAUUUGUUGACAAUCACCAGUGAAAUGGCCUUUUAUUCAGCUGCAGUGCCUCCUCUUCUGUUUAGUUAUAACACUUCUAUAGGUGCAUAUGCUGCCCUUUAAUGCCUUGAUAUCUUUAUGUAUUGAGUGUUAUAUACUGUAUGUGUGUGAACAUGCUUGGCAUUGUGCCUUGUUGCCAUUUUAUUCCUCAGGUUCAUUAACCUUUGUUUUUUAUUUUAUUUUAUUUUAUUUUUUUUGCUGCAGAGACUUUAUACUCUAUGCAAGGAGUAAAGCAGCUGGUCCUUCGUGAUGCAGUAAUGUUAAGUUCAGUGUUUGCCCUUAGUUUAGCCUCACAGAGCUAGCCUAUAAAGUUCACCUCACUCCACAUUAGAACUGAACUUGGAAGACUAAGCCUUCUGUGAGGCCAGAGGUUAUUAGAAGAUGCUUAGAGCUGUGCCUUUGUCCCCAGGUAACCGCUAUGCAAAAUAGUUUUUACUUUAAACCAUUUAUUUUGAAAUCUACUCACUUUGCUUUAUGCGGAAGUCUCUUGAUACUGUAAGUUUUACCGACAUGGCUAUAAGCUUGUGGCAGAGGGAGAGGGGGAGUUUGCUUUUGUGUGUAUGUAUGUUUUGCUUUCAUACAGUCCCAUGGUGUUGAAAAGAUUAUGAUCUAUUAUAUA